AAUGUAACUGAUUAAUAAACUAUCCCAGAAUAUAACAACUGAAUAAAGUAUUUUUGAAUGAGUUGGAGUUAUGAAGAUAUUUUCACUCGAUCAUCAAAAUGUCAAAGAACAGUGGCAUUGUUAUACCAUUUGGAUGGGAAAGGAGAAUUGAUGCCUCUAACAGCAUUGUCACCUAUGUCAGUCCCACAGGAGUUGUACUAUCGAGCAUUGCAGCAGUUUGCCAAUAUCUUGAAAACAAUAAUACUUGCAAAUGUGGUUUGCAAUGUCCACUUCAUGUUCCAAAGAUUUUCAAUUUCAACCCCAAUGUGAGGUCAAUUAAUAUGACAAAGAAUGAAUGGAGUUUGCAUGAAAACAAGACUGAAUCUCACAAGAAAAAUUGUCAACAUUGGAACAAGCUACAAAAAACUGUUAUAGUAAGAAAAAAAGUACCAUCUAAUGCUGAAGUAUCAUCAGAACCUCCUCCAAAACUGAUCAUUAUAAGAAAAGAUGGCCAACUUACAUCGGUUAUCCCAGACAACAAAAAGUCAGCAGUAACGUCAGUCAAGAAGGAAGAAAAAAAAUUAACAAUAAAGAAAUCUUUAACAGAUUCAGGUACACCAUUAUCAAGGAGCAAUUCAGCUAUUUCUCCUCUGAAGUCUCCUCUUUUUGAGAAUGCAGCAAGGUCAGCAACAAAAACUGAAAAUUCUGCUGAUGCUUCAAAGACUGAUUUCAAAUUACAAUGGAUAAAGGCUGAUGAUGAACUUUCACAUAAUGACUCAGAAAGUGGAAAUGAACUGUGUUUCAGUCCUGAUUUCAAGAAGUCUCCGCCAAUGUCAUUUCCCCAGCUCACAUCGCCAACUUCUACACUCUUUAAUAAGCAUCAAGAUACUCGCCCAAUGUUCAUGCAUAAUACAAAUGCACCAUCAAUGGGUUUACCUUCAAUGCAUAUGGGAGUUGAACCCGUUCACAGAUUUGGAAUGAGUGCAUUUCCUGGUACAAAUUUUGUCUCUAAAUCUGAAGUUCCACCGAGAUAUUCUGCUCAACAACAACUACCUAGAUAUUCAUAUAUGAAUGUCAAGUCUGAGCAAGAUACUCAGCAUUCUAUGUCAUUCUCGGCACCUGCCAACAGGCCAAGAUUUUUUCAGCAUAAAGGUUUCACGAGACAAGAUAUGUUUUCAAAUGAACAUCCAAACGUGUCAAAUUGGCCUCAAAAUCAACAAAAUAUUGUUAAUUUUCAGUCAGGUCAACCAAGGCAUACAAGCAUGGACUGGCAAAGGACUAUUCCUACACCUGGAAACUUACAGACACUCGGAUCUUCUGCCGUUAUGAGGCCUAGGGGAGCAACAUUGAAUUCACCUCCAAUGAGACAAGCUGGUACACAACAAUUUCCUAUGGGUUCCCCACCUUCAUGCCAUUCAGCAUCUCCUUUUAAUCACCCGGUUGGAACUCCUGGAAUUAAUGCUCCCCUUUGUAGUCCUGGGAGUAGAACAGAACCAUCUCCAUACAGCAAUCGACCAAACAGUCGAUCAAGUAGUAUGGGAACACCCACUCCGAGUCCUUUGCCACCCCAUGGUACCUGGCAGGGACAAAGAAUGGGAUAUAAUUCAGACAAUUCCAGGCCUCAUAGUCGUUCAAGUUCAAUUCCAACACCGAAACAAGAUCCCAGUGCAAUACCGAUGCAACAGUGGAGUACAAGACCUACAAAUCCUGCUUCAUUUCACUCUAGACCUCCGAGUACUAUUGGCAGUGGUUCUGAAUUGUCUCCAAGUCCUCUGUCACCAUUUUCUCCUUCUCAAAAGUUGCCACAGAAUGUCGUUCCAUCGAAGAUGCCGCAAUCUAUGAGACCACAAGGCGGACUUCCACAAGGGUUCAAUCAAAACCGAUUAAUGAAUCCACAGCAAAAUUUUUCGCAUCAGUCUCAACAACAGCACUUUCGUGGAAAUGCAAUUUCAGAUAUGCACCAACAAUUCCAUCGUCAACCUGGCAUGCAGACAAAUCAAUUUAACGUACAAUUGCAAGAUACGCAAAGGUUUACUGGUUCUGCAGGAUUUAACCAACAAAAUGUCUUUCGUCCUACCCCACCGUACAGACCACAACAAAUACAAUUUGCGAGAAUAAAUGAACCUAACACUAACCGAUUUCAUAUAAACACCGCUGAACAGGGAUUUAAUCCAUCUGCUGUUAGGAUGCAAGGACAGAUGAAUCAGCAACGUUUUCCUUUCGAUCACCAAUGGAAUUCUUACAAUCCAAAUUUGCGUCCAUCAAUGCAAGGUCAAUUUCAACAGUUUGAUGUCACACAUCCUGGGCAUAUUAAUCCUGGAAUGGAGGGAAUACAGCAACAUCAUGUCCGACCAAUCAAACCGAAGAGGCAAAGAAAACGCAAAACUUCUAAAGUUAAAAUCAGUGCUACUAAAACUGAAUCACUCCCUGGUAUUAACAGUUCUAACAUCAUUUCAAAUGAAUUUUCGGAUUUCUUUCAACCUCAUCAUAAUCCGUUACCAUCUCCCACUUCUGUCAAACCAUUUAUGGAUUCCAAUAUUACAAACAAUCCCAUGCAUGUAAAUUAUGGUUCUGUUGGUGAAAUGAAUUCCAACCCUGGUUUUUCUGCCACCUCUAAUGCACCAGUAGAUGGAUCAAUGCCUAAUCUUGUAAUGCCAUCCAAUCUACGUCCAUCUCAUUUGUCUCCAGUCUGCAAAGGAAGUACUCUGAAAAAUCCUUUGGGAAUGACUAUUUCAAUAUCAAAACCAAGUAGCACAAUUGCACAUACACACAGUGUUGAACAGCUGGACCAUGCUGGGAAAGAUUCUGGUAGAGGAGUAAUGACACCACCAUUACCUGUACUUUCACCAACAUUAUUGUUAGAGGAGGCCACAGGAGCGGAUGAUGACGAUUUUUCAGACUUUGCGGGUCCAGUAUCAGCCGUGUUUGAAUUCCCUGUCUGUACAACUGGUAAUGUUUACACGACCAUUUCUGCUCCUCCACCAUAUCCAUCAACGUCAAAUGGAAAAUUAAGCGUAGAAAAAACGAAACCAAGCACAAUGUCUUUGACAAUGACUUCAUCUGUAGACAUGAAAGUUGCUUCUAAGGUAGAAGUUGCUCAAGAUGAUAAUAUGCAUAACCUCAGUUCCACGCAGUCAAAUACAAAGACUUUUGAUCCCCACAAAAAGCAUAUUCCUGUAACACAUUCUGGGCCUCGUGCUGACAAUACACAUCUUGUGUCAUCAACUGGGAAGGUGUUUCAAGUACCUGCACGAAAGGAUCAAACAUCGAGGAGGUUUAGUGACGAUGGUUCAUCUGAUUCAAUUCAAACUGAUCCAAGAAAAAGAAUAUGGUCUGAUCCGUAUCCUCCAUACAAGCCAACUUCACGAUGCACUGACAGAAAAAAUCAUGUUCUACCCUUUCAAUGUUCAAAUUAUAAGCUAUUUACUCCCCUUACUCAAACUCUAAGUGAUUCCGCUAAAAUGAAGAAGCCUUUACCAAUCAACAGUGUCAUAGAAUUAUCUAGAUCUAUCACGUCACAAAUUAUAACUUCGUCAUGCUCGAUUCCACCUUAUCCGAUUGUAACAAAAACCACUACCGGAAAAUCAAGUAAUAUCACGGCUGAACCUUAUAAAUUACCAACGUCUAUCAUUUCGUCAACACAUAAACUUGAAUUUUUAUCUCCCAAGGCCAUUAGCGAAUCUCCUAUUCCAGUAUUCAGUUCAUCCGCAAUACCAAGGAUACUAAAACCGCCUAUAGAAGCACAAAAAAGCAGUAAAAUGACGACCGAAUGUCCUGGUACUAUUCUCAAAUCUCAUUCAGUUUCGACAGAUUUGCCAGGAGCAUCUAAAGGUGUGAAACUAUUAGCUGACAAAACGGCUUCCAAUGUUUCUGACAAUGAAAUUGAAUCUGAGUUCAAGGCUGUGAAUGUACUUGCAACGGUAAGUCGAAUUACACCAAGUUAUAUCCAGAAAGAAAGUGAAAGUUUUGCUGCUGAAAAACAAACAAAGAUGGGUUUCUCUAGUUCUUCAUCAUCCACCGAAAUAAUUUCACAAAUGACUAUUUCUUCUACGUCAAAUACUAGUGAUAAUAAGAUCAGUGAAAUAUCUUCUGUCACAAAUGUAUCGGAUGGAAAUACAAACUCUACACAUUGUGAUAAAAAUGAUAUCAUGCAUUCAAUAUCAGCAGAUGUUCCAUCUUCAAUACGUGCUUUAUAUUCCGUCUCAGUCCCAGAAGCUAAAUCACAAAUUUCAUCAAAUAAUUCCGAAGCAACUGAUAUAACUAUAAAAUCAAGCGAAAUUAUUGGCGAUGAAACUGUAAAGAGUUCAGAGGUUAUCAUUAAAACAAGUUCAACAAAUGAAAACAUUAUUGCAGUAAAUAAACUGGAAUCGACGUCAAAUUCAGAAAGUGUUACUACAACAAAUUAUUCUUUGGAAAAUUCACUGCACACUUCCGUUGUUACUGCAGUAGCUGAGAAUCCAAAUUCAGAGGUUGCAAGUCCAACCAGUCAAACCAUGAUUGCAGUAACUGAUCUGGAAUCAUCAUCGAAUUCAAUUUUUACGAAGAAUUCUGUGGAAAAUCUACCACAGACUUCCAUUGUUAAUUCAGUGUCUGAGACUCACAGUUCAGAGGGUAAUAAAUCAAGUGAAAAUAUUGUUGCAGUAACAAAACUGGAAUCGCCGGCGACUUCGGAAAGUGUUACUUUUACGAAGCAUUCUGUGGAAAAUCCACCCAAGACUUCCAUUGUUGAUUCAGUAUCUGAGACUUGCAGUUCAGAGGUUAUUAAAUCAAGUAAAAAUAUUGUUGCAGUAACAAAACUGGAAUCGACGUCGUCUUCAGAAAAUGAUAUUUUUACAAAUUAUUCUGUAGAAAAAUCACCACAGACCUCCUCUCCUGUUACUUCAAUAGCGGAAAUUUUACCUAUUCCUGAUAUUGUUGAAAGGAUUUCUGCUACACCUGAAUCAUGUUCAAUUGUUCCACCAUCUGUACCAAAUAUAGAAACGGAGAAUAACAGAAUAUUUGAAAUAGAUAAAAAUAUUGAUAUAUUAAACCAAUCAAAGAAAAAUAGGAGAACUAAAAGUUCAAAAUCUGAUAUCCCAUAUGAUUCAGAUGAGGAACUAAGGCAUGAAAAAGGAUUUGAUGAAUCAAAGAGUGAAGAACUACCAGAGGAAAGGAAAAUUGAAACAGAAAUUUUAAAAACUACCAAUAUUGCAGAAAACUUGCCUGAAGAAGCUGGAUUGGCAAACUGUAACAAUAUUGCCUGUUCUGAAAAAGACGAUAUGGAUAUAGAUGAUAAUAUUCAAUCCAAUGCUUCUUGUGAAGUCCCACAAACUGAAAAAAAGAUAACUGAAAUUCAAACUAGUGCUGAGUAUCAAGCUGAAACUUUCGCAUCACAAAACCCAAGUACUGAAGUUGAAAAGUUUGCAGAAUUUGAAACAUUAAAAACAGAUGGUAGGAAUUCUAACAAGAAACUUGUAACUGAGAUUAUUGAUGAUGUUGCGCCUGUUUCUAUACAAGAAAGUAAGGAAUGUGCGAAAUUACCUAUGCAUGAUGAAGACAAACCUAUAAUUUCCGAGGCGGACAUUGUAAAAACUGAAUUAGUUUGUGAAAAGCCUGUUGUAACUAUAAGCGAAAUUGAAGAAAAUUCUUCACUGACUUCUUCAACAGAUUCUCAAAAACCAAAAUCUGAAAUGAUAGUUCAGUCUACAAUUACACCCAUAGUCAACCAAGAAUCAAGCAUUAGUGAUAAAUGUCACCAAAAACCUUUAGAAAAUUCUGAGAAUUCUAAGACACAAGAAGAUAACAAACCUAAGGUAGUGGGAACUGAAAAUGAAGACAUAAAUGUAGAAAAAAUUGAGGAUUCAUCUCCCAAAAAUGUGACAGAUAGUAUAAAUAAUACUAAUCUUGAAAUUGACAAUACAUUGUUAGAAAAUGACAAUAAGAUUGUUCCAUCAAUACCUAUUGUUAAAGAUACUGAGACCCAUACAGCAAUGUCAAGCAUGCCUAAUACUAAUAGUGAAAUCGUAACAGAGAACAAAGACGAUGAAAUGAUACAAGAUCCUGAAUUUGUUGAUGUAACCGCAAGCGUUUCACAAACUAAAUAUAUAAUGGAUGAUGCAAUGUCGGAAGCAAGCAAUAUAAAUGUAGAUGCAAUUAUAGAACACACACUAAAAAGUAACUUGACGGAAACAUCAAAACCAGAAGAGGAUGUGGUUGGAUGUAGCAAUACUACUGAAUCAAGUUUUCAAGAAACCGAAAAAAUUGAAGACGAUUCAGUAACGGAUACGAAUGAUGAAAGUGUUGAACUUGAAGAUACUGAAAUUCAGACCGAAAUACCAGUUUUAUUAGAUGAGGCUACACUAAGUCUGACGCCGACCGUGAAUAACGAGGUGAAAGAUAAUAUUGAAAUGCAAACUGUAAUAUCUAAUGAUGGAGAUUCCAGUACUGAAGUUCUGGAAACUCCACAAGAAGAUAAUACUCAUUCCCCGGAUUUAGUUCAUAGUGCUUCAAAAACACAGCCUGAAAGUGAAACUCUUUUGUGUGAUGAUAAGAAAAUGGAAAUGCACAAGGUUGAGGAAGCUAAUUUGGAACCACCGACUUCCCAAUUAACAGAACCUGAUUCUGAACAAUCUAUUCUUAACUUAAAGGAUCAGGAUUCACUGAAAGAUUUGACAAAAGAAUUUGAAGGUCCAAAAGAAGUUGUGGUUGAAACUAAAGAAGAAGAGAAAGUUGAAGAUAACGAUAGAAAAUCGGAUUUAAAUUUACCUACAUUAAAAUCAGUAGAGAAGACAACAUUUGAAAGUACUGUCAUAAACAUUUCCUCGCAAUCAUCUACAGUUCCGAAUACCGAAAUUACAUCAAAGAUUGUCGAGGAUCCCCAAAGAAUGACACACAACCAGUUACCAACAUCCUUGCCUUCCACAGCAACUGUGGGUAUUUCGCCAGAACUAACAGAUACUGUAAUUCGACAACUUUCAAGUUACAAUACGUUUUUGAAAAAUUUGCUCGUUUCUGGAGUUGGUCCGACAAAAUCUGCUGCAGUUGCUCAGCUUGCUUCAACAGACAAUAAACCUGAUGAACAACAGAUGAAAAUGUUUUCAGCUCUUUUUACGAAUUCAAUGCAGAUGAACAUGCUUCAGUCUAAUCCAUCUACACUUCUCAAUCGUUCUCAAUCAUUUCCUGGUCCGAGCAGAACUGAAAUAUCUUCAUCACAAGAAAAUGCAGAUACUAAGGAAACACCUGAAUCAAUAUCUAAAAGUGAUUUGCCAAAUUCUGCAGAUGAAUCAGAAGUCAGUACUGACAGAAAAGGAGUUAUAAAUGAUCGUCCAUCCACAAGUUCUUCAGCACCAAUGAACCAAGAGACUAAGUCUGAAGAUCAAGCACCUGCAAAUGACAAUAAUAUUACAUCAAUUAUAUCAACGGAAGCAACGAACGUUAUGACAAAUUCUAGGAUUUCAAAUAAGCCAUCUACCAGUCAAGCAACUAUGUCUCUCGAUGCUGAUUCGUCGCAAACUACUUUAAGUAACAAAAAAUCACCAGUUAUGACUUCGAAACAAGCUUCACCCACUUGCUCUCAUCAAGGAUUACAAGUUCCCAUUGUGUCUUCAAGUGUCAAAAGUGAGAGUCAAAUGACAAUAGGAGAGAAAAAUUUAGCUGUAGAAAAUAUUGAAAAAAAUAAUCCAGAGUCAACAGUACAAGAUGAAGUUUCUACUUCUAAUGAUGUUACUGAUGCCACCAACAUUGAGCAGUCUUUUGAUCAGCCAAUCAACACAGAGAAUGUGGUUGUAGAAAAGAGGCGUGGUAGAUCUCGGAAUGCUGCUCCGAAAAGAAACAUGAAGCGUAGUGCAAUAUCUGACACCUCGAUUGAAAAACCGUCUAAAAGGCAGUCAACGGGAUCUAGCACACCUGUAUUGUCAACUCUUAGACCUAUUUCCCGUACUACCACUGAAAAGUCCACAAGAAUUGUAAAGAUUGGUGACUUAGUAUGGGGUCAAAUGAGAGGUUUUCCUUCUUGGCCAGGAAAAAUUGUGAAGCCUUCUGAAGUGCGUGGACUACUGCAAAGGGCACCUUUAUCAGAUGGAAAGGUUUGGGUAAAGUGGUUUGGUGACCAUACUUUCACUCAAAUGAAUCCUGCUGAUUUGCGUACUAUGACUGAAGGACUAGAAGCUCAUCACAAGUCAAGGAAAAAGGGCAGAACAAGACACCGUAAGAUAAGCAUUCAUUUGGAAACAGCAAUACAAGAAGCAGUCGAUGAGCUGGAACAGCAACAGGAACUAAAACAGGGUGGAAGCAAGAAACUGAUUCCCCUUCCAUCGACAAGUUCAAAUGGAGUUGUUCAACGUCAAUCAUCGGAAGCCGAAAGUGGUACAUCCUCACCAAAGCCUCGCAGAGGCAGGAAAAGAAAAACAUGACAGAAGUCAGCCUACUUGUUAACAUCUAAUCUUACAUAAAUAAAGCUCUCGGUUUCGUGACAUAGCAUGCCUCCGCAGUAAAAGUUGAUUAUUAACAAAGCAAGGGUGGUUGGAUGCAUGCUUCUGCGUAGCUUAUUAAUUAAUUAUCUAUUGCUGGAUAUAUUGAGGUGUUUUUUAAUUUUUAUUGAUUGAUCGAGCUUGAGAUGAUAUGAUACCAAGCUGGUCUGUCUAUUUCAUUUUCUUUGUCACUUGUAAAGUUUGACAAAAUAUGAAGUAUUUAUUAUAUUACAAGGUCUAUUAUGCUGUAAUUAUAUAUUUAUCAUAAAAAUUUUGAUAGUUUUUGGAUAUAUUUUUUUAGUUAUUAUCGCUUUUGCUGUUUUUUAAUGCUGCACUUUGGCUAUGUGAUGAAGAAAUAAAAUCUAGUACUAUAGAAAACGCGAGGUAUAUACUACCAGUUGGAUGUGCAUUACCAAGCUUUGGUUUAUUUUAAUAGCCAGUCAUUUUAUUAUUUGAAACUUUACCACGACCUUUCAAUUGCCUGUGUUAUCAGAUGCAAAAAUACUAAUUACAACCAAUAUUAUUUUCAUGUUUCCGAAACGAUUUCAAGCCUACAAUCAUGUAUUUUAUUUUCUACCACCUCACGCACUACUUAACCUGGUUGAGGUUUACAUUAUUACUUGUUUGUACAGUAACUGUUAUUUUAACUUAUUUCUCCCAAUUUUUUCCCCAAAAUUCUAUCACAUACAUAUAUUUUUGCUCGCUAUUCUACUAGCUUUUAUAUCUGCUGUCUACUUUUCUCGUCAUUAACUUUCAAGAAACUAAUAAAAUCAAGUUUUGAGGCAUAA